GCGCGGUGUCGCUGCGGGGCCAGUCGGGACGGAGGAGACAAGAUGGCGCUGCGGGCGAUGCGGGGGAUCGUGAACGGGGCCGCGCCUGAGCUACCAGUAGCCACCAGCGGGCCCCUGGCGGGGUCUCGAGAGCAGGCGCUGGCAGUUAGCCGGAACUACCUCUCCCAGCCUCGUCUCACAUACAAGACAGUAUCAGGAGUUAAUGGUCCACUAGUGAUCUUAGAUCAUGUUAAGUUUCCCAGAUAUGCUGAGAUUGUGCACUUAACACUACCUGACGGGACGAAGCGGAGUGGGCAAGUUCUAGAAGUUAGUGGUUCCAAAGCUGUGGUUCAGGUAUUUGAAGGGACUUCAGGUAUAGAUGCCAAGAAAACGUCCUGUGAGUUUACCGGGGAUAUUCUCCGAACGCCAGUGUCUGAGGAUAUGCUUGGUCGGGUAUUCAAUGGAUCAGGAAAACCCAUUGACAGAGGUCCUGUUGUCCUAGCUGAAGACUUCCUUGACAUCAUGGGCCAGCCAAUCAAUCCUCAAUGUCGAAUCUAUCCAGAGGAGAUGAUUCAGACUGGCAUUUCGGCCAUAGAUGGCAUGAACAGUAUUGCUCGGGGGCAAAAGAUUCCUAUCUUCUCUGCUGCUGGCUUACCGCACAAUGAGAUUGCAGCUCAAAUCUGUCGCCAGGCUGGUUUGGUAAAAAAAUCCAAAGAUGUAGUGGACUACAGUGAGGAAAAUUUUGCGAUUGUAUUUGCUGCUAUGGGUGUAAACAUGGAAACUGCCCGGUUCUUCAAAUCUGACUUUGAGGAAAAUGGCUCAAUGGACAACGUCUGCCUGUUUUUGAACUUGGCUAAUGACCCAACUAUUGAGCGAAUUAUCACUCCUCGAUUGGCUCUAACCACGGCCGAGUUCCUGGCCUAUCAGUGUGAGAAACAUGUAUUGGUUAUCCUAACAGACAUGAGUUCUUAUGCUGAAGCACUUCGAGAGGUUUCAGCAGCCAGGGAGGAGGUUCCUGGUCGACGAGGUUUCCCAGGUUACAUGUACACAGAUUUAGCCACAAUAUAUGAACGUGCUGGUCGAGUGGAAGGUCGAAAUGGCUCUAUUACUCAAAUUCCUAUUCUCACCAUGCCUAACGAUGAUAUUACUCACCCAAUCCCUGACUUGACUGGAUAUAUUACAGAGGGGCAGAUCUAUGUGGACAGACAGCUACACAACAGACAGAUUUACCCACCCAUUAAUGUGCUGCCCUCCUUGUCGCGGUUGAUGAAGUCUGCUAUUGGAGAAGGCAUGACCAGAAAGGAUCACGCCGAUGUGUCUAACCAGCUGUAUGCGUGCUACGCUAUUGGUAAGGAUGUACAAGCCAUGAAAGCUGUCGUUGGAGAAGAAGCUCUUACCUCAGAUGAUCUUCUUUACUUGGAAUUUCUGCAGAAGUUUGAGAGGAACUUUAUUGCUCAGGGUCCUUAUGAAAACCGCACUGUGUAUGAGACUUUGGACAUUGGCUGGCAACUGCUCCGAAUCUUCCCCAAAGAAAUGCUGAAGAGGAUCCCUCAGAGCACCCUGAGCGAAUUCUACCCUCGAGACUCUGCGAAGCAUUAGCUGCUACUUCAUCGCUGGCUCGAUGCUCUUGUGAAGUACUGGUUCUAUUUUCUUUAUUCCUUUUGCACUCCCCCAUCCCCACCUUUGUGUGGAGUUUACUGUGUUACCCUGUAAUUAAAAACAAAGACUAGGUAA